CCGCGACAUCCCGGCGGACUGGCGGGAGCGAAGCCGGUCGCACGCGAGCUUAUUAUAAAUACGUAUAGGCCUCGGAGUGUUUGGACCGGCCACGAGUCGACAUUGAUACGGUCGCGGUAACGGUGACGGACGACGGUGACGGCGACGACGACGACGGCUGGUAUCGUGGGUAUUACUAUCGCCCGUUCUUCGUUUUUCGACGCGAUUGUAGAAACGAUUAGUACGAUUAAACGAUUGUAAUAUUACAGGUUUUCGUAAUUUUUUUUUUUAUUUUCCCGUCGUUCCGAUUGUUCCGAAAAAGAAAAAAAAAACGCGCGCGGUUCUAGCGCGGUGGAUUUUCGACCGUGUGUACAUUACCUGUAUGAUAAUAUAAAUUAUUAUUAUACAACAGACGUGGGUGACCUCGUCCGUCCGCCUGUCCGCAGUCCGGUCGCUCAACCGUACGUAUCCAAACCGCGGCGAGACCUUGCCGGGCAGCAUAGGUAGUCCCGUGUCGACUUUGGCCCGUCCAGACUUUUCGCUCCCACAGCAGCAUUCAGUAGUCGGUUUUUGAUCGUUCAGCUUGGGUGUCGCGCUGCCGUCUUAUUCGCAAGCCAACGAAACGUAAAACAAUAACACCGAAAUCCUUAUAAUAUAUAUCGUUUCGUCCGGAUCACAGUCGUUCCGGUGCACAGAAAUUCUAGUAGAUCCUGGUUGAUCCGAGAUACCCGUUGUAAUACUAUUACGAAUAUGGCCACGCAAACGUUAAUGCUUCCCACGCAGGAAAAGUUGCACGAGAUAUACCAAGAUUUGGGCAUGGCCGAGGACAAGAUCGACGUCGACGUGCAGAUCCUUAUGGAAUGGAUGCGCAAACAGUCACAUCUGCCCGACCCCGAAGGUAAUAAUAAAGUUCUACAUUGUGUCGGCCACAAUGAAAUUACGAUAUCAUAACAAAUACCAAUAAAAUAUACCUGACAAUCGACUGGACGUAACAUUUUAAAAUUUCUUUCAACGACUCCGAUAGAAAAAUCACAAAUUUAAUAUUACGAUAGCAGACAUUCGUCAAAAAGGUACUCACGUAGACGAUUUAAAUUCGCGUUAAAAUAAUAAUAAUAUUGCUCUUAUGUCCUAGAUUUGUAAACCGAUUUUCGCGUGCGCUUUUGAAACGCAUCAAAGACUGCGAUACGGACAGGACAGAAAACAAUAGUGUACAUUACCUACGAGGAAAAUAAAAAAAUAAAUAUCGUCACAUAACCGUGUCCUCACCUCUCCCUCUGCGUUUGGCAUGAAAACGUUUAAAAUUAUCUCGAUGGGCCUUUUUUUUUUUUUUUAUCAAACCCUAAAUUAAAACUAAACAGUGUCGAUUAAUUUAUUAUACAUUUUUGUUCGUUAUUUAUUUUAUGUAAACAUUUUUUUUUUUUUUUUUUAUAUACUCCGAUGCUGUUGUAUGCUUUAUUUGCGUAAAUAUAAUAGGAGGGCUACUAUUUGCAUGAAUUAUAAAUAAAUAUUAUUUUUAUACCUACGCGCAAAAAUAAAAUAAAAAUUGUAGAUUUAGUUUCAAAUGCUUAAUCCAAUAAAUACAAAAAAAUCAAAUAUUUUACUUGGAAUUUUUAAUAAUUUUAUAGAAAUGUUACUUUUUUUUUUUUUUGUUAAUAAUAUUUUAAUAUUACAGUGAAUUUGCCUUCAAUCAAACUUAAAGGUGAAAUUAUUAUCUGUGUUUAUACGUUGGUUAUUUUCUCGUUAUUAUAAAUUUUAAGUGAGGUAAAAAGAUUUUCAAAUUAUAACGAGUAUUUCACAUGGUCGGGUUUCGUUUAAAAAUUAAAAUAUCAAAACUAAGAAAAGUAUUUUUUUUACCUUUAAGUUUGUUAAUAGGCCAAUUCACUUUAAGAUGAAAAUUGAUGGCACACAAUUGGAUUUGCUGAAUGAAAAUUUAACAUUAUCCAAUUAUUAUUCAACAUUAUGCCUAACAUAUUUAUAUAAUAAUAUAACACUAUAUUAUAGAUAGUUAUAGUUAAAACUACCUAUGUACUCAUGUCGUGUAUUUAUUUACAAAUGUUUUGUUAACGCUGUGUGUUGGUUUUACAGUUGACGAACGAAGAAUUCGGUUGUUUUUAAUUCUUUGUAAAAACAGCUUGGAAAGGACAAAAGAGGCUUUAGACCAAUAUUACACGAUCAAAUCGACAGUACCCGAAUUCUUUGCCAACAGGGAUCCAACUAAACCGGAACUCUUGAAUUCGAUGAAAACAUCGUGAGUAUACCAGUGAUUAAUCGCUAACAGCUGUAUAGUUGAGGUAGGACAUUAACAGUAUGUGGCUUCUAGGCCAUUCAUAUAAAUGACUGACGUUGAACAAACGCGUUUCCUAAACGACUUAACGGUGGUCAUUUAAUUACGGGGAAAUAUGUUUUUAAAUACGAGUAUAGGUACGAAAAAAAGAUAUCAACGUUUAAUUUUAAAGUGCCUACUUAUCUAUUAUGUUACGGUCGAUGAUAAUUAAUGAUCCGCAAAACCUAAUGCAUUUUCUAUCCGUUAUGACACCUCUCUUGGGUUAAAAGUUAUUAGGUAUAUUAAGUCAAUGGCGUGUUUAUAUACAGACACAAUAGGCACAUGACUACUGUUUAGAGUGGCCCAUUUUAAGAUGCGACAAAAUUUUUAAAAGGCCAUCUUUUUAAAAUUUAGUAUUGACGAAUAUGGAAACAGUUAAAUGGUGAUUAGUACAAAAAAUUGGCCAAAUAAAAAGUGAUAAACCGCGUAAUGUUUUGAUUCAGAAUCAUAAAUUAAUCUAUUUUUGUUUUCAAAUACAAUAGCACUUUGUACGUUUAUCGCCUAUAAUAGUAAUUAUAAUAUUACUGAUAUAAGUACGAAAAUAACGAAUAUUGAAGUUAGUGGUAAUACAACAACAAGUGUAUCCAAUAUAAGUGAUUUCUAAAGAAUCUGAAAAUAAUUGUGUGCUGUAUGGUGUGUCGAUAAAAUAAGUGUAAAUAAAAUUAAUGCAACUAUUUUGAAGACAGACCCGGCUAAAAACGGUAGUAAUUGAAAUACGACUAAAGACUGUAUUAACUCUAAACGUGUAUUGUACGAUAAAAAAAAAAAAAAAACAAAAUAUUCGAAUAAAAAUAUAUUCAGUAGGAAAUUGAUUAAUUAAUAAGCAAAUUUUCGUACCUAGUUAGUUUAUCCUCUAAGGUAAUUAGUGGUUUUUUGUGGUCCUUGGGGAAUAAUUUGUAUUUUAGAUUUUGGGUAGCAAUUUUUCACAGGCUCAUUAUAUGGUAAUAAUAUCAAACUAAUAACACAGCGUUCGUAGAUAAUGAGCAUACAAUAUUGUAAAACCGACCUAAGACUAAUUAUACAAAGUUAUUAUUAAAAUCUUGAAUACUUAAAACAUCAAAUGUUCAUUUUUUUUUUUUUUUUUUAGCAAUAUCAUAUAGAUAUCACCAAGACANGUAAAACCGACCUAAGACUAAUUAUACAAAGUUAUUAUUAAAAUCUUGAAUACUUAAAACAUCAAAUGUUCAUUUUUUUUUUUUUUUUUUUUAGACUUUUCAUUCCACUACCGAAACUUACACCGGAAGGAUACAGAAUCUCUUUGAGUCGUUUAAGAACUUCGGAAGUAGACAAUUUCGAAUUCGCAGACUACGUCAAGGUGAACUUUAUGUCCAUCGACAUCAGAGUAUCGAAAAUCGAUUUUUUCAAAAAGGAAAUAUUUAUUUUCGACUUGGAUAAGUUCACAAUGUCUCAUCUGGCCGCAAUUCUUCCGCAAAUCAAGAAUUUCAUUUAUUGUGCAACAGUGAGUAUUAUUAUAUUAGCAAAUUUUUUUUUUUUUUUUAGCAAUAUCAUAUAGAUAUCACCAAGACAUAGAUAAUAUUAUAUGAAUUGUUUGAAUACUUAGCAGAAUGGCGUUGUCCUUAAACUUGUUUAUAGUUUUAUACUUUAAUCGUAUAAUAGAUUAACAAUAAAUUCCUAAACGUAUAAAUAAAAUUAUACCGAGUGAAUAACUACUGUAGUAAGGUAUACUUUAUAUAACGUGUAGAAAAAUGGAAUUGUGUUAAAUGUGUGAUUUAUCGUCGUACCUAUGUAUGUAAAUAUACGUUGAUAAAAAAAACUCGUACGCUUAAAAAUGUUCGUACAGAUAGUGUAUAGAUUGGUAAUAUUUUCAAGUUUCAAUACAAAAUGGCAUUGUGCUAUUAUACACAAACGCGUUACAAAUAUCAGAUUGUAAAACAAGUUAGUUGGGUUUUUGUUUACUCUAAACGGGAUUUGCAAAACGUGUAGUCAGCAAGAACAUUUUUUUUUUUUCAUUACCAAGGUUUAACAAGGUUAAAAAAAACAUACAUGUCGUUUUAAAAUAAAUAACAAUAAUAUAUUAUAAUAGUGUCAUUAAAUGACUGUUAUAGAGCUGCUUUGCUAUUUUAUUUAAAUAACUAGAUUAUAUACAUAUAUAUAUAUAUAUAAUACACUUAUGUAUAUUCUUGUUCAAAUCGCAUAUUAUUAAUUGAACUCGUACUAACUAGGUUUUAUAUUCUAUUGCAAUGCAUACAUACAUAAUAUUAUUUUAUUAGAUGGUUUUUUUACCGGUCAUUGGUUAACUCUAUAUGGAAACCUAUGUAGGCAUACGCUUCCCACACAACACACGGAUGCUCCCGAGAAGGUUAUAGGAAUACCUUUUAGGUACAAAAGCAGUCUAUAGAGUUUAAACUCUAGAUUCGUUUUUGGACCAUUCUCAGGGCCAUCCAUCAGAAACCAAAUGAUAAAAACCUCCGCGAAAUGGUCCAAAUACAUCCGAAUAGGUCUUAGUGAAAAUUUAAUCAGAAAAUACAAGGAAAAAUCCUAAAAUAUCGAAUACGCCGCCAGGAAUCGAAUUUGUUUUCUAGUUUAACCGAUAACACUAGGAUAUCUCUUUUCAUAUUACUUCCCCAUUUCUACCAUCGUUUAUGGAAUGUAACCAAUACAAUAUUUACAAUGAUAAUCAUUACAAACAUUAAAAUCAUGGAGAGGAACGCACAGGCUAGUUCCCCACUGCAACCCUCUUACAUUAUCCUAAUAUUUAAGUUAAUCUUCGCCAGUGCUAUGAAAUUCUUGAUCCGGUUCGCAGAACCAGCUAGCCUGGAAAGUCUUUUGACAGCCCUCAUUCGAUCCAGUUCGCGGAACCCACCAAAUCACUAAACUAUACUAAUGAUGGACAUAGUAUGUAUAAGUUAUCGAGUUAAUUUAAAAAUAUUACAGUAACACCUAGAAGGGAGAAUGAGAAAUAGGAAGGUAGGGGGAGAAUUUUAUGACCAAAUAGGAUGUUCUUGAAGCGUGAAAGUUAAAAUGUUUCGUAACGAAAGGCUUCUGGCAGAAACUAAUUUGGACCAAAACAGUCGAAAGGUUAAAAUGCUUCCAAACAGGAAGUUUCUGAUAGGGAUUUAUUGGAUGGAUAUUAAACAGUAAGUUCCCGGGAAAAUAUUUACUGUUAGGGUUUUAAAGUAAAAUUAAUUUGUAAAUAUUAUUUUGUUUGUUAAUUUAACAAAAUUAUAUUUAUUAUUUUUUAUUUUAAAUUGAUAUGGUUUAUUAUACUCGAUGCUGCGUGAAGAGUAAUGCAAACAAAAUACACGUAUAAUAUAACAUAUGGAAAAUAAUAUUACAGUAAAUAAGCAAAUAUUAUAUAAUAAAUGUACGUUUGUUUGUUUAUAUUACAGACGGCGUAUCCAUUGCGGAUUCAACAGGUCCAUAUAAUCAACAUGCCCAGCUACGCCCAAUCGAUGGUUAACAUGGUACUUGGAUUUUUGAAAAAGAAAAUCGCUAGUCGGGUAUGUGUGUUAUAGUAUUUUGACCGACAACCCAUUAUGGUUUUAAAAAUAAUUAUUAUAACAAUAAAAACAUAACGCCGAUAUUUCCUAUGUAUGUAUACUGCAGAUUAUGAUUCACAACAGCGUAGCUGAUCUAAAAAAACACGUAAAUAUCGACAUUCUUCCGUUGGACUAUGGCGGCACGUUCCCAAAAACUUCAGAAGAAAUAACCGGUGAGUUACGGAAUAGAUUUAACGAUACCUAUAGAUACUCGUACUAUACGAGAAUUAUUUUAAAUGAUAUUCACACCGUUUGCCUUUAACGUAAUUAUUCAAAAAAAAAAAAAAAAAUGCAUUUAUAUUGUAUUUAUCUAGUUUAAUAAUAUUAUAUAGGUACUCAGGUACGUUUUGAGAAAUCGAUUUGCUCGUUCGAGACGAGAACAAUUUUAUAAUAUCCACGAAGGCAACUGUGUACGGUCGACCAUGCUAUAAUAAUAUUAAAUAUUAUGGUGCGGUAUAAUUAUGUACGUAUCUUAUACCUAAAUGAUAUUAUCAAAAAAUCUUUUGAUUUGUUUCGGAUUUUUGGAUGUAAUAUUUCGCGUCUUCUUCUGUGAUCGUUAAAGCGUACCAGCUACAACACUAAUAAUAACAUCAUAAUAUUCUAAACACGUGCCUAAACAUAGUAUCCACCGACAAAAUAAUAAUUAUCUAGAAAUAUUAUUGAUAAUCAUUGAAUUAUUCCACGUUCGGUAACGCCGCAGUAAUCGAUGAUUUGAUUUUAUUCGUAAAUUGCGUUUUUGUUUAACAACAAUAAUAUAAUAUGACGAUUAAAAACAUUUCCGACAAGCCUGAGCAAGUUACUGAAUAUAAUAUUAACUCAUUUAUAAGCCAAGUCAAUUGAAAAAAAAAAACUGAUAAUGAUAACAGGGUGUAGUACCACUGUUGUAUGUGAGAAGUUGAGAAGGUAUUUAAUUUAUAACUUUACGCAACGAUAAGCCAUUACUGACGAAAAACUAUCGGUUAAAUAUAUUUUAUAAUGCCAAAUUUUUUAUAUUUUUGAGAUCAACAUUUGAACUUGAAAUAUUUAUAAAAAAAUGACUACAUUACGCACAGCUUUUGACCACGAACUAGGAAGUAUAACUCAUGAUGAAUCACGUGUUUAAUUUUCAAGCAUUUCUUCUCCGCCAAAACAAUUUUAUCCGUAAAAAACCAAAUGAUAACUAAACGAAUUCGUAAAUUUCAAACAGCUCAAAAAUCACAAGAAUAUGUUGGCAAUUGUGUAAUGUCUAAGAAGAGCUAUUAUAAGCACUUUGUGAAGAUUCUUUGUUUUCACAAUUAUAUUUAACCGAACUAUAAAAAAAAAAAAAAACAAAAUAAAUAAUAACAAAACCGCUAUUGCCGUAAAGUUUUCCUCGGUUAUUAAGAAAACCAUAAUUAAAAUCUAAAAACGAAAUCUCCCGAUGCAUUAAUCGAACAAAAUUUUCUUUCUGGAAAAAUGCAAAUAAACUUAAUAAUCGGAGCAAGAUUUCAAAAGUAACAGAUUUAUUUACAGAUAAAAUACAAUUAAUAAAUACAAAAACAUCAUAAUAAAACCAUUUUUAAAAUAAACACAUUUUUCGCUGUGUUCAGAAUCUAAAAACACAAAUAAAGUUAAAAAUUAAAACUGUUACUUUUAACGAUUAAUUUUAUAACUCGUCAAUACCUGCCUUUGAAUUAUUCGACCGUCAUAAUACAUUUUUAUAUUUUAUCUUUAUUUUAGCAAGUUAUUUUUGCAUUUUAUCAUUACAAUAAUAAUUGUUGUAUGCGGAACGUUCAAUAAUAACCCACAAUCAGUUUACUCGACGUGAUAAUAUUAAUGUUAUUAUUUCCUUGUUAUUAUAAUUUUCUCGUAUCUGUAUAUUUGCCAUAAUAAUAAUAGUAAUAAUAUGAUGUGUCGAAAUCGUUAUAAAAUUUUUACUAUUGUUGACAAUAUUUUAUCAGCAAUAUUCAAAACGCGUGGUCGAGUUGGACGAAAGCCAGGAAACAGGCGAUUUAGCAUACUAAUACCAUUCAAUUAAUCGUUAAAAAAAAAUAUCGAUUUUUUGGUGACAUUGUGUCGGUAAUCGUCGUCCACUAACCGGCUCUGUACGUAAUAUAAUAAUAACGUGAUCAAGGCUCAUGAUGACGCAUAGCUUUUUUUUUUUUUUAUUUUCUUGUUGAAAACUACGGGAACGGUUGUUUUAUAAAUCACAUUACAUACAUAAUACACUUCCUGCAGUGAAACAAUAAACCUUGCGCAAAAUUAUAAUAAUAUGUCAAAUAAAAAAGCAAUUUCAUCUAGAGAGCACUAUUGUCGAUAUUAAGUGCGUGGGUAAGGUCGAAAUGAAACGAUAUUAAUAUUAUAUAUUCGAUAAAUCAUAUUUCGAAUGCACAAAUAAACGUCGUCAUCUAGAUGAUAUAAUAUAAAAACAAUAAAAAAAAAACAGACAUACUUCGCACGAUGUGUAGGUGAGAAGUUGGGAAGGUAUAGAAGAGAAAUUUAAUGAAUAUCUGCAUGUAAAGAUUAACCAUUAUUAACGAAAAACGAUUCUGAGCGGAGUUUGGUUACACAUGUUUUGAAAGGCCGUAAUAUUUACGAUUUGAAAAUAACAUAUUUCGUAAAUUUUCACGUUUUUCCAACAUUUUUGUCCGGUUUUUCACAGUUUAAUUUCCUUUCAGAAAAAGUGAAAAACAAAAUUUCUGGUAGAAAAUGUGUUCAUAGAAAAAAUGUAAAUAAACAUUAUUGUAAAACCAAUGCAUUCUUCACUCCAUUCGGAAUCUAAAAUGAUGAUGACAAUGACAACUCAAAGAACAAUUGUGUCAUCAUCGUCCGGUAUUAAUGUACACGUAAAUUAAAUAAGUUUAGUGUGCUUUUUUCACCCGGCCAUUUUACAGGGCAGUUUAAUAUUGAACUACUUGAACGUCCCUAUACGUGUCCAAUGCAUAUGCGUGGUUAGGAUACCUAACCUAAUAAUUAUUAUUUAUAUUCAGGCGAUGACAAAUGUUUUUUGGUUUUGCUUUCUGGAAUUGUUGUACAGUCAUCACAAUAUUCUACAAAAAACAACGUGUCAAAUUAUUACUUUAUAUAAACUCGAGAUACCUGUAUGUAAAAAUAGCCGUCAUCGCACACGAUUUACACUCUUCUCGCAAGUAGAAUAAAUGUUUUAUUAUUAUUAUAAUAUAAUACACAUUUCGUAAGCGAUUUUUCCGUUAGUUGUACAUGUACACCGACCUUGAUGAACGUGCCUUAUGAACAAUUUAAAAUAUUACACCUAAUUAAACGAGUGUAUAGGUACGAGUACAAUGUUGUUUAUUUCAAAUUCAAAAUAAGUGCAGGUUUAAUAACAAUAAUAAUAAUAUGAUACAAGCCUAAUGUUCCAGUAAUUAACCCAGUUUAAUGUCCAAUGGAAAAAAAUAUGGCUUGAACAGUUGUAGUUCGUUUUCAAAAAAUUUACACUCCUAUACCGCAGAAGUAUCUAAAAAGGUAAUAUCUUAAAGAUAUCUAUCAAUAUUUUAUCAAUGCAAUACUAUUGACAUGCAUUUUUAUUGAAUGAAAAGAUAUUUGUAAAAAUAGUAUACGGUUAUUACUGUAAGGUGCCUGGUACCAGCGAGUUUUUUGGUUCCCCUUUCGGGGAAAAACUACGUAGGGAAAUCUGAUUUCAAUGAUUUAUUGAAAAUAAUAUAAACAAAUACUUAAUGUGUCCCUCCAAAAUAUAUGAAUUGGUGGCUGUGUUUAAAAUAUUUAUAUUUAUUAUUCUUUUUUUUUUUUUUUGUAAUUACAGAAGAAUGGAAGGAUGAAUUAAUAAAACACAAGGACUGGUUCUUGGCCCAAAAUUCGGUCGUUUGUGACGAGACCAGACGGGCGAAGAAACCCAACGUAAAGGUGAACGCGCUGGCCGGAGUCGAAGGAUCUUUUAGAAAACUCGAAGUGGACUAAUAACAAUUAUAAUACGUAUAAAUACUACCUAUGGUUUUUUUUUUGGUCAUUCGACUUUUUUUUUUUAUUUAUAAUAUAUUGGCAUCACUAUAAGCCUAUAGGUUAGGUAUAGGUUUUGUACAGAACUUUAUUUUUAUUUAUAGGUACGACGGAAAGCAUAAUGUGCGUUCUUUGUACAUGGUUAUUUUUUUUAUUCUUUUUAUAGUGGUGUAAGCCGAUGUUUAUUUUUCAAAAUGGAAACUGUAUACAAUAUUAUAAAAUAUAAAAAGGAAAAAAAAAGUAAAGGAAAUAUAUAGUUUGUACCUUUUUUAACUUGUUUCGAGUUCAUUUUUAUUACUUUGAACAGUAGAUUCCUACUGAAGUUAUAAGUAUUUAUAGCUUUUGACUGCGCGUUUUUCACGAGUUUAUACGAAUACAAAUGGUACCCGAAGUACAUAAUUUUAAAUGAAAAACGAAAUAUUUUUAAAACAAACAAAAAAACCCACCAAAUACACGUGUGUUUAAGAGAUAAAUUCAGCAGGUAUGACAUUUUAUUCGAAUGUGUUUCAUGUAAUCGCCAACGUUGUGUUCCUAGCUGUUCAUAUAAUAGGUAUCAUUAUGAUGUUCUAGUCAAAAUUCGAACGACAAUUCUGUAGAAUUUCAAUUUGAAUUUACCAUUUUUAUCCGAUGGUUUUUCCGAAUACUGGAAAAGAUGUAGAAUUGACUGUACAUUUUAAUGAACUUGAACUGUUAACUUUUAACUGAACUUUCAUGGAACUUGCUGUAGAUACAAUUUUCUUUCAAGAAGAUAUGUUACACUUGACUAUUUGAGCAAGCUUUCCGGUAGAAAACUUGUUUACACAUACACACACACACACACACACACACACACACACACACACACACACACACACACAUACACCGUAUUAAAACCAAUACAUUCCUCAUAUUAUACAUAAUAAUUAUACAAAACAAUAACGUCAUAGUUUUAAUUUGUGGAAAAAAAAUACAAAUAAAUAUAUCUAAAUAUGCAUAUCUACCUAUGAAAAAUUGUAUAAUAAUGUAAUAAUAUAAUAUACUAAUUAUUUUAAAUUAUAAUCCAUGACCACAAAUAUAUUUCCUAUAGUUAUUUACGUAUUUAUUUACGUACGUUUUACUAAAUAGAUUUAAAAAACCAUAAUACUUACCGAAAAAGAAACGACUGUUGUAACGAUUCGU